AUGAGUACCAGUGGAACGCAAAGCGAUUUGAAGGAUGAGAAAUCCGACGUGGGCGCCAUCACCGCCACUGACGUAUCCCCUAGCGUGCAGAAUGCCGAAAGAACUGGUCUGGCGGAUCUGGAGGGUAUCAAGCGCAACUGGAGUCUUCGCAGUCUGAUCGUGAUCUGGGUCUCUGCUGGUCUGAUGAGUUUUGUCGUCACGUUGAAUAACCAGUCAUCUUCGACAUUUGCCCCUUAUGCCGCGAGUGGCUUCAGCUCGGCCCCACUCGUGGGCACGAUCGCUGUUGUUCAAGCAGUGAUUGCAUCUGCCUGUCUGCAGUCACUGGCCAGAUUUGCCGAUCUCUACGGACGCUUGGAGAUGUUUCUAUUUUGCAUAUUGAUGACGACCAUUGGCGAGAUUAUGCUUUCUUCUUCCGCGACGGUUGGUGUUUACGCUGGCGCUCAAGUAUUCUGGGUAAUUGGUCUCGAAGGGAUCCUUUUGAUGCUUCAGAUUAUUGCUGGUGAUUCGAGUGAUCUUCAUAAUCGUGCAGUGAUGAAUGCAAUUCCAUAUGCACCGUCAUUCAUUACCGCUUGGAUUACUGCCCCAUUUGCAGCUUCUGUCCUCAAAGUCUCAUGGAGAUGGGGGUUUGGAAUAUUCGCAAUCCUUGUGCCCGUAGUUGGGACCCCACUUGUGUUAUCUCUAUUCCACAGCAAGCGAAAGGCUAAAAGACAACAAAAGUCUCAGGGGACUUACAAGCACCGUAACCACAUUGCCAACAUCAAACGCCUAGACCCCAUUGGUCUAAUCUUGUUUGCGGCAGGCCUGUCCCUGUUACUUGUUCCUAUGACACUGGCGGCAAGGACAACGAAUACUUGGAAAGCCCCUCACAUUAUUGCCAUGCUGGUGAUCGGUUUCGUGAGCCUUGUUGCAUUUGUCUUGUGGGAAAUCAAAUGGGCCCCUUGGCCUAUCCUCUCCAUGAGGUUGUUCAAGAGCCGAACUGUUAUAUUUGGCCUAGCAGCGUCAUUGAUUGACUAUACGGCACUUUACAUUCUUCAAGACUAUAUUGUGACAUACGAGCUGGUCGCCGGACAACUAUCUGUUACGGCCGCUACAAACAUCGCAAUUCUCAUCCCGUUCGCUGCUGUACCUGGACAGUUUGGAGCCGCUUUCCUUGUGAAAUAUACAAAGCGAUACAAGUGGAUUACAGUUUCCGGGUUUGCUCUUAAUCUUCUUGGACUCGGAUUGGCAUAUAAGUAUAUCAAUGGGCACGACCAUUUGGGUGCUCUGGUUGUCUCGCAAUUAAUAUUGGGCUUUGGAGAAGGAAUCAUCAACACCAUGCAACUCGGCAUGCAAACAGCCGUGAGCCAGGAUGACAUGGCCGCAGUAACUGCUUUGUUCACUACUGCUGUGGGAGUGGGCAGUGCCAUUGGCGGAGCGGUGGCUGGAGGAGUGUGGACUGCUAUUCUUCCUCAGAAGCUUGCCCAGUAUCUACCCAGCGAUGCUCUAGGUCAGCUUGCUGAGAUUGAAGGGUCGAUUGAGGUUGCCAUGGAAUAUGCCUGGGGUUCGCCGACCCGGGAUGCUAUCAACCAGUCAUAUACAAGCACAUUCCGACUGAUGCUGUUGAUCGCGGUCAUCCUUGAGGUUUUUGCGUUGGUAUUUGCUCUCCUCAUUCAGGAUCUGAAUGUUCAGGAGGUAGACGAUUCGCGAGAUUACCCGGGUAUGGUUAUUGGUAAGACAGGUGCGAUUGAUACCUUGAAGGGCAAGAUUCAUGUUCAUAGGGACAAUCGUGAUAACGGCGCACUUGUGACCGAAGAAGUUAGCAGAGCUUAG